AUGGCCUACUCACCAGGCCCUCAGUCCCCUGGUGCUGGGCCUGCUUACAUGGCUACUAGAAAUCGGUCUGCGAGUCCCCCUGGAGCAUCUGGAAUGCCUUCCAAGAGGGACAAGCGCCGAACCGCGCUACAAGAGCGCCUCCACGAUCUGACGGCCACGUUCUCCCAAAAUCGCGAUGCCCAGUUUCGCCAGCAACUUCACUCCCUACAAUGCGACAUGACUCUGAUAAACAACGCGGACCCAUAUCAGACGGGUCCCUUGCCGGAUUCCUCUGCAGACAUUGCCCGAUUGAUCGAGGAGACAUUUGUGCAGGAGAUCAAUAAUGUCAAGGAGCAGAAAGAUGCAGACUUGGCGCAGAUCAUGAACCGACAUCAAAAUAGUCUGGAAAGACAUCGCCGCGAGUAUGAUUUCCGUGUCCACUUUGCCAAGGAGGAGUUCAAUCAGCUGUCCGGUACACUGCGAGAACGACUCAUGCAAAGUAUCUCCAGCAAGAGGUCUCGCCUCAUGCGGGAAAAGGAGCAGCUCGACAUUGCGGACACCAAUGCGCUGCUUCUCCAUCCGAAUCAAUUCAGCAUCACCAAUCCUGCAAGUCCAGGGGGAUCCAUGUUGAACAAACGCAAGCGUAAAGCGCCGGAGGAAGAGCCCGGAUCGCCUGCGCGAGAAGCAGGCGGUACCACCCCGGCCGAGCGAUCCAAGGCCUACGUCGAGAAGCAAUCGGCCCCAACAUACUCGAUUCAGUCCCUCUUCACCGAUAAGGAACUGAGUGCUCAUUCCAAUCAAGCCCAUGUCGCGACUGUCCAUUUCUUCUCCACUUCUAAGCGCCCCGAGCAGGGCUCAGGGGCAGUGACGAAUGGGAACAACACCGAGACGGAAGACACGCUUGAUGGCACUGUCCACGAGGAAAAUGGGACUCCCAGUGCCACUGAUAUGAUGCGCACCGCCAGUCAAAAUUUCCAUAUCACACGCUCCACGCGCGGUACAGCCGCCCACAGCGCUCUUAGUGCGCUGGCUGAUCUCGCAGAUAAAAAUGCGACACGGCCAGCAUUACCCUAUCAUGUCCUCUCCAAUUAUCAUGCUCGUCCGAACGGCAACGCGCCGCCCUUGACAUCCUUGCUGAGUGAAGAAGUCGACGAUGACCUGUCGAGGGUAGACCGGCUACAUAACUCCAAGGCGGGUGCAUGGAUCGAUGCAUCUCUGGUCGACCUGGUUGUGGCUCCACUGCCUUCUGAACCUGUGGACGGUCGCCCUCCGAACCCUGAUCGCUUUACUUCGCUACAUCCCGAUUUCCCUGCUGUUGUUGGUAUGCAACUUCAACCUGUACGUUCCAAUCCCGGAGCCGAGGUUUUCCCUGCUAUCGCAAUGGAGCGUGAACGAAGUACCAAGCGAUCACGUCAUCACUAA